GGGAGCGUAUGGAGUAGUAACGCAGUUUUGACAAAUAUUCAUUGAUAUGUGGAUUCUGUUCCUUUAACACUUUAGUGUAAAAAAAAAACUAUACCGGAUCUCUGCAUUUUGGCACAGAAUACAUGUAUAAUUAAAAUAACACAUUUAAAAUGACGAUAAUAAUACUAUUCUUUUUACUUGUGUAAUUAAUUGCAAGAUAAAAUUGAAAUGAUAUUCGUAAAGUAAUACACGUAACAGAUUAAAACAAAAUAAUACAUAUAACAUAUAUUUUGAGACGUUUCUUUUAGUUCACGUGGGGGUGUUGGAGGGGGACUUUUUUUUAACGUGACUGUCGUUUGAAUGGAGAAAGUGAUUAGGGAACAGCGGCCUGACUUGACAGAGGGGUUCAAUCACUGAUUAUAGAUUACUGAUUAAUGUUUAUAGAUCAGUGGGUUCAACACGGCACGUUUGUAAAUUACUUUUUCACCAGUAGUCGUCAUGUUCCACAACCGGAAGUAGUUAGCAUUGUGGGACUUGUAGUUCCGCUCUGGAGGUCCUGGGGUCGAUAACAGCGCGCGGAGGAGAAAAACAAAACUAAAUAUUUAAAUAAUUUAAAAAUAUUUCACUGGAUUGCAAAAAAAAAAUCCUAGGUAGGCUUCCCGCUAAGCAUGCCUGGCUUCACCUGCUGCGUCCCCGGCUGCUACAGCAACUCCCACCGGGACCGCGAACUGCGCUUCUACACCUUUCCAAAGGAUCCCGUGCAGAGAGAUAUCUGGCUGAAGAACAUCUCCCGGACCGGGGUGAGCGGCUGCUUCAGCACCUUCCAGCCCACCACCGGCCACCGGGUCUGCAGCAUCCACUUCCCCGGGGGCAGGAAGACCUACAGCAUUCGGGUGCCGACCCUGUUCCCGCUACGCGGCAUAAACGAGAAAAGGGGCAGGCGAGGAAGGAACAAAAAAGUGUCUGCCCAUGCCGCCGCCGCAGCUACUGUUGUAUCCACUCCUGCAGGCGCUGCUACUGUUGCUGCCACGGUCGACGUGACAGCAUCGUACGCACCCUCUUGCAGCCUCCUCAUCGCAGUGAAACACGAAGACACCGGCAUCGGUGCCAACGAGCAGGGGGUGAAUGACCAAAGCGCUCAGACCGAUCGCAAGAGGGGACCCGACGAGACAAAGCCCGUUGACCUGACGGUGCAACAAGAAGCCCUCGGCUUCUGCGAGCCAGUGGCAGCGUCCACCUCGGAGGGGGUUCAAGCAGCCCCAGGGGGCGACCUAUCAUACCCUACAACCUCCACCCUGACCGCCGCUCCGAUUGUGGUGUACAAUGGUAAGGAGACGUUUGAUCACUCGUACUCGCUGACGUCCGGAACCACCUCCACGGAGCUGCUGAAGAAACUGAACGAGCAGCGGGAUAUCAUCGCCCUGAUGGAGGUCAAGAUGAAGGAGAUGAAGUCGACCAUCCGACAGCUCAGGAUAACAGAGGCGAAGCUGAGGGAAGAGGUGAGGGACAGAGACAGGAUCAUGUCUAUGGCUGUGUUAAGGAAGAAGCACGGCGUGUAAUUCUGUCUGUGUUGCGUGUUUUUAUCAAGAAAGAAAAGGAAUGGAAAUUUAAAAAAAGAAAAAAAAAACUUUCUGAAAAUAAGAAAACACUUUUUAUAAGGGAUUCCAAAAGUUGUGUAAAACCAAAAAAAAACUAAAGUUUUGUACAGAGACAUUUUAACAGUAAAGUAUAACUUUUCAUUGUCAAAUGUUUUUUCUUUUUUUUCUUAAAAAAAAUGUUGUUACUAAUGUUAGAUAGUUAGUUAUUUCAACAUGUUAGCUCAUAAUAUCGUUAAACAAAAUAGCAUUGGCUCCUGCAGAAGCUCGGAAUGAUUUGUCAUAGUUGUAUCCAAAAAAAAUGUUUUACUGUAUUAUUAACGCGCUUACUAUCACCCUUGGGCUUUACCACCCCAGCCAGGACACGUUUUCAAUCAACAGGUGAUUUAGUUUGUAAAACAAUUUUGUUACCCAAAGUCUGGAUUCUCCAAUUACAGUAUCAUUUGAUCGCGUCUCAUACAGUAGGUGACGUUGAACCUCGCCUUAGAACUGAGCGUCCUGGAAGUCAAAGCCCCACAUCACUGGGAUGAGCACAGGGAUGUCUCUUUCAAACUCUGAUUGGUGAUGAGAAACGUGGCUGUGCAUCGCGUUUUGAAAUGGGAUUUAUUUACUUUGCUGGCUAAAUACUGCAGCUUUUUAAAAAGGGCAACGUACUGAAGAAGGGGAGUAUGGUGUGGUUUUGGGGGGGGGGUCCUAGUUUGCAGCUCACGAUGAAGAAGGGGUGCAGUUAAGGGAUACUGGUUUCCGAGAAGCCCCCCUCCAGUACGCUGUGCAGGGUGCAAGCCAUCUCCAUGUGCCUUAGACUCUCCCAGCUAUUAAACUGGAUUCCAGCUGGUCCCCUGCAUUGAAAAGAGAAGCCGCGUCAGGAAGGGAAAGAUCUGACAACUCAACUCAAAAACAAGGAACAGAGAUACAGUGUCAGCCAAAGACAUUUACUGAGCUGCAACUGUUAUUACAGGGAUGAAGUUAGACUCCCAUUGCAUAGCUGUUUGAUCUGUUCCUGGUUUUACUAGGAGUUUAACAAGACAUGCCUGAGCUUGUUACCUCUGCACACUGGCGAAUCAAGCUUGUAGUAAAACCUGGAAUGGGUGAAACUGCUUUGCAAUGGGAGUCUUGUUUCUUUCCCUGUAUUACGAGGUCCAUGCAAAACAUGUAGUGGUUCUGGCAAAUCUUUUUUUUUUAUCUUAAUGAAAUAAAAACAUUCCUGUUUGGUA